UCGAGCACCUCUCCAAUCGCUCCAAUGCGGUUACAUCCGCUCCUCAUCCGGCUAGCCUGCCCGUUGCAAUCUCCACCCUCGCUCAACACCAAUAAUGCUGCCAACAAACUGUGCUAUUCUCUCCUCUCCCCCCGGCGACCGCUUUGGGCCCUCCUGCUGCUUUGCGCUAUCGUGCAGCCGCCUCCUUUACCGUUCCCGCGCCCAGUUGCAUCAUCGAGGCCCGCAGCCUCAUUUCCUUUCCCCGAGGCGUUCACACUGCUCACAACUGCAUCCGCUCGCUUAUCGAUUCCCUAUCCCCGAAGAACAGCCUCGCCAGCGUCUGCCAAGCAAAUUACAAGACCCGCAUUGAUUCAUGUCUCAUUUCCCAUGCCGAGCCCCAUCCCUCGACAUCAGCCCAUGCCCUUUCCGCUUCGUAUCCCGCUACUCGCUGAAACAAGUAGACAGGUAUGACAUCGCUGCCGCCAGCUUCUUGUUUCGACAUCCAAGAUAUUCUAGAAAGCGCCAAGUCGGUCGCGAAGCUUGCAUAUGCUCAUGCGCAACACACUCUCGGUCUUGUUUUUGUCGCGACAACAAGUUUCCUUUGUUUCAACAUCUCUAUUUUCGCCGCAUCCUGCUGCACAUACCACCACGACAAAGCAACCACAUGGCAAUUCCAACAUAUGAUUUACAUGUUCUCGGGCCAAGACAACAAACCUCCACCAUGCCCGGGUCUUGACGCUCCCACUGCUUUCUGUUGAUGUUCAUCCCCCGUAAUCUGCCCUGCACCCACUGUUAGCCGCGCGGCCAUUUUAAGC